GGGCAGGAAAUUCUUUGGAAUUCCUGUUUUUCACGCAAUCUGUCUAUCAUGAUUUAGGAGAAUUGUGCUGGAGGAGCCAACUGGCGUUAUACUGCAGUUUGCUCCUUUAUUGAAAAAAGCCCAGCAGUUGAGUCUGCUACCCAACGGCGUUACAAUAAGUCCCCAUUCCAGGGAUUUUUCUUUGCAAAUGAGAUUAUUGUUCCUAACACAAGUUUGGGGUUUUUUUCGGUCGCCUUCAAGGCUGGAAGGUGGAGAAGCAGAUUCAGAGGAGAUGCGAAACUUUGCAAAAAACCCUCCAAAGCUCAUGAAAAGCAGAGAGGGGAGGGGGCGAGGGAGACAGUAGAGAGGGAGGGGAUGCGAAGAGGAGGGGGAUGUGAUUAACCUGUCUGCGUAGCAUUUCCAUACAGUAAGUGUCUGUGCGCUGCUCGUAAAGGAUGGGCAUUUAGGGAGGGGACGCGGCAGCAGCCCAGCUGCUCGGAGGAGCGAAGCCCAGACGUCUCGUCGCCUGCCCGGUGCCACAGCCGAAAGGGUUACUACAGAAAGGACCGUUUCACGGGGAUUGAGUGGGGACUGUGCACAUGGCUGCGGUUGAAGCCAUGAAGAGAGCACUAGAAAGUCUCAACCUCAAUAUAGUAGAGAUGGUAGAUGAAAAUGCAACCUUGGAUGGUGGAGAUGUCUUAUUUACAGGCAGAGAAUUUUUUGUGGGUCUUUCCAGGCGGACAAAUCAACGUGGUGCAGAAAUUCUGGCUGACACAUUUAAGGAUUACGCUGUCUCCACAGUCCCUGUUCAUGAUGCUUUGCAUCUGAAGAGCUUUUGCAGCAUGGCUGGACCAAACUUGAUUGCUAUCGGAUCAAGUGAAGCUGCACAGAAAGCUCUCAAGACCAUGCAGCAGAUGAGUGACCACCGCUACGACAAGCUGACGGUGCCUGACGAUGCCGCAGCGAACUGCAUCUACUUAAACAUUCCCAGCAAAGGGCACGUCCUGCUGCACCGAGCCCCCGAGGAGUACCCAGAGAGUGCAAAGGUAUUUGAAAAACUGAAGGACCACAUGCUGAUCCCAAUAGCCAACACAGAACUGGAGAAAGUAGACGGGGCACUCACCUGUUGCUCGGUGCUUAUUAACAAAAGUUCAGAAUUAUGAGUUUACAGAGUCCCUCCCUUGUAACUGGCAAUAAUGUUACACACAAGGUAGACGAAUCUGUACCCACACUUUUAUUGUUUUUAUUGACAAUCUACUGUACCACUGUGCUACUAACCCUUGUUUACAAACUUUUGCUUUGUGUAUUUUUAUUAUGUCCUUGCAGAUGGUAUUUAAGGUGGACGUACAGUUUCUUGGGGGGCACAUAACUCUGAAGUAUGUUAGUCCCGUGGGCUAGCAGAAGACAAUUAUAACGUCUAACCCCUAGCUUUAGUGAUUUAACAUAUCUGUGUGAAAAUUUUAUGAAAACCAACUAAUUCUCAAUAUUUCAAGCACCUCUGUUGUCUUUCACUGUUCCAUUCUCCUGUCUUUUUUCUCUUGCUUCCUUGCUCUGCAUCUUUUUUCCCUUCCUUGGUCCUCUUUACUUACAGUGAUGCAAGGUAUUGGUUGGACUGAAGAAAACUUGGUGAGCUUAUGAACUUGUUGCGCUGUGUGGUAGAGAAGCUUUCCGCACACUGGCUGCUUCAGUGGGCAAUGGGCUGUGCUCACUGUCUCAGCUGUAUCGUGUUGCUGCUGCUGGGCAGAGUUGUGGCUGGAGUUGGUUUCAGAUGCCAGGCAGCACCUUUGGAAAAAGCUUCCUCCAAUGUGAGCGUUCAAGGGCAAUGUCUGCCUGGGAAACUUGAAAAACAGAAAAAGAGAGAGUGGUGAAGCCACACAAGAUACAUCCUGAAAGCUUGGGUUGCAGUUUGCUGCUAAUACCGUGGCUUUCAAUUUGGCAAGAAUGGAACAGGAGUUUUUAAAAAGGCCUGAUCCCAGGGAGUACCCAGACCACAAAAAUGAAAAGCUGAGAUGCUUUUGGAAAAGUCAAACUUACAAAAGUAAUGGGGUCUUUUGUUUUUGUUUUGUUUUGGUUUACUUCUGUCUCUCCUUUCUGUUUUAUCCGCACUUUUGGAGGCCACUUACUAGCAAAAUUCAAAAGAAAAUGGUGAUAGGAGGAGUUGAAGGACAGCUAUUCCUGGAUUAUGCUCAUGAAUAAGGGAAGCUAUUUUUUCCUGAAAGACUGGCAUUUGUAUUUUAUAUGCCCUUGGGGUAGUUUUCCUUGGAACAAUAACUUUUUUUUUUUAAUUGCAUGAAUAUUUACUGUGGUAUUCAGUUAAAACAAAUACAAUUUUUGUAGCAAAUUCCACAACAUGUUUACCCACUGAGUCAUACUUUUUUUUCCCCACCACAGUAAAGUGAAGCAUACCCCAUUGUAUUCACAUGCUUCUUGUUAAAUCAUUUGUAAACUAAGGAUGGAGAAAUUCCCAAACAGAGGCAGUAGUGGGAACUCUCCAGAGACUGACAAAUAGCCUGAACACGUUAUCAACUUCCUAGACGUCUCCUCCGCCUUUCCUGAACCACUUGUGGCGUGUUGCUAAGGUACAGUAAGAAGUGAGCAGGGGUGGCUCGGGCAGUGUUGUCUGCAGGAAAGCAAACAGCAGUCACGGAGCGCACACGGGGAUAUCCUCUGGAAACCUGCAUGCUUCUCUGCGCGCUCAUCGAGGAAACGCAAGUACUCAUACCCGUAGGUACUCCUCAGCUUAUCUCUCACCUCAUCGCAGUGGCCAAUGAGGAGGAAACCUCCUUGCAGCUACCAGAGUAUAUCUGAUGCUUUGUGGGCACACUGUGUGUUGUGAUGACAAGAGGGAGAGCGCAAUGAUGAGCAAAUGUAUGUAGAAAGAGAGCAUGUCCCAAAGGAAGCCUUCUGCCCGCCAGACAGCAAGUGCUGUUUUUAUGGCUGUGUGCUGUCCCAAAGGGUUCUCCUAAUGCUUCCCCUUUGUCUCCUCCAUUCCCAUGUGCCAUCACUUAAGCCUGACACAGGUGAGCAGGCUCUAAGGAUGUAAACAUUGCAGUGGGGAAUCUUUUUCUACCUUCCCUUAGUGCUUUUUAAAUAUCUGAUAAAGCAUCUUGCAUUUUAAAAUGACUUGACAUUAAAAAAAGGUUUUGUGCCAAAAAGUGACCCUGCAGUAUUUGACUGUGACCUUAGAGGCAAGACGUACUCUGUUAAAAACCUGCACAGAGUGGGAGCUGUUGAACAAAGCCAGAACAGGAUCCCCUCUGACCUGUUCCUGGCCCCCAUCCAUGUCGUUCAUCCCCUCUUCUCUUCUCUCACAAGGGAACCAGAGCAUCCAGCUGCACUAGGACAGCAUUAGGCUUUGAGAUUCCUAUUAAUUCAUCUGUCAAACUUUCUGUUGUGUGUUGGUUAGUUCGGUGGGUUUUUUUCCUCCUCUUCCAACCUCUCACACCUUUAACUUGCCUCUCUCACCUUUAACUUGCUUCUCUCUUCCUUGGACUCUCGUUUCUAGUUUAUGGCGUGAUGAGCACUUUUCUCUUUCAAUCCCAAGUGAUUUUACAUCUGUUGCCUCAGUUCUACUUGAGUUUUUUUUUUCUGCGCUCCUUCCUCUUUGCUGUUCACUCCAAAAUACCACAGUCCACAGUGGACUAUUGUAAAUUCACUCCCACCUUGAGUAGGUGCGAGGAGAAACUGAGAGGUCUGCUUUGGCUCUGAGCAAUUUCUUUUGAGCUGGAAGGAUGACUGUCAACAGGAGCUGUAGACCCAGAGAGUGGCAAGGAUGAGUCCUCUUCUGUAGGAUUAUUCCAGCAAAGGGAAACAUUUGUGAUGGACAUUGUUGACAUCUUGUGUUCCUGAAAGCAAUAGAAUAGGUGACAAUUUCCCUGGCUCCCCAAGAGAGGGAGAUGGGGAGUUGGGAUCUUAGAGCUGGGAAAUAUCUGCACUGACAGGGAGGCUGAUCUUUCACCUGGUGCCAUUUAGAUUUCCUUGCCUUCAGGGCUGCAUUUUGCUAUACAGAAAGAGCAAAGGAGGGGCUGAGGGACCUGAAGUCCCUCAGGUGAUAUUUUCAAGUUGUGUUCAAACUGUCUAACUUCAGACACAGAAUUUAGGUGCUCUAAAUCACACAUGCUUUCUCUCUGUUGAUCUCAGUAGACAUCCCAUCUCCUAACAUAGAUCCUCUAAAUCACAUCUUAGCCUGCUGCCAAAAGUUACCUAAGCUGGCUAGUGGGAUUGCCCUCACCUCUCUGCCUUUAGCCUUAUUUUUUAUUCUGGCGUUUUAAAGCAAAAACAUUAAGAGCACUUCUGUUAGCACAUUUGCAGUAUGGUACUAAGAACUAAAAUCAUGCCAAAUCCUCCUUGUUCUUGCUGUUUGCUAGUUUUUCUGUUGCCCAAAUGAAGAAUUCAGUUGUAAGGACAUUAAUGCUGUGAUACAUAUGCAUCUAACAGGCAUCCUGUACAUCUUGUCAUCAGAGCAUUUCUCAGAUGCCUGAUACAAAUCAUCAUCCUUGAUUAACAUAAAUAAUAAAAUCCCAAACCAAAAAAAGGAGACGAGACACUGAGCACUAAUAGCUGCCCACAUAAAACACUUGAUAACAACUGUCAGGCUAUAUGACACAACAGGCCAGCAUAGAAGUUCUUGUGGUUAAUAGCUCAGCAAUGGGGCUUGAAUUACUCAUCAAAGGUUUUUUUUCCUUUGAGCAGUCAGUUUAGCUCAGUUCAAAUGAAAGAGCUACAAUGUGCAUUAUAGAUCUUUCAUGGAUGUUCUCUUCACCAAGAGUUUAGGGCGAGCUGUGAUAUGUGGGUUUCUUUCUUGACUAGAAUGUGAAUACAGUGUCUCUCUCUGCAACAAAAAUGUGAAUGCAUACUGUACCUUAGAAGAUAAACUUGAAUUCUUCCAUUUCUGAAUAUUUUGUCUUUUCCAUGCUAACACACUCCUUUUCGGUCUUAAAUAGAUGCCACUGUAUGAAGCUAUGCUCUGAUUAUUUUUUGGUGAUUUCCAUGUGAUAGGUACAGAACUCAUAGGCAACACUAUGUCCAGUUUUAAAAUCAAAAGGUCAGUGCACAGAAUGCUGUUUGUUCACAGCAGGAUGAAAUGUGGGGAAAAAAAUGAGCAUUUGAUUUCAUUCAGCUUCUUACACAUUAUACCAAUGAAGUCAGAGCCGAAUUACCUUGAUUAAAAACAGUAACAUUCACAUGGAACCAUCUGGGGAAAAUAAUUUAAGAUUCUCUAUUUUUGCUUUUAUCAGUAAGGAAGCUGAAAAGAUAAGACUGCCUAAAGAGUGGUGUUUGUUAAGUGAUUGUGAACAAAGUAUCAUGGGACCUCAUGUAUUUUCUGAAAAGUUUUAACUGGAGGUUUGAUGUAACUUGUAUAGAGUUGCAUGUGAAUUGUGUUAGUUACCGUUUACAUUGUAUUGUUCUGCAGUGCACAAAUAGGACUACUGAACACAGAGGUGUUACAUUUCAUUAAACUUAAAAUCUUGUUGCAGUAUGUAGUUCCCCACUUUUUGUGCCAAAAACAUCAAUACAUUCCAUAAUCUGUUCUAAUAGAGGUUUGCACUUUUUUUUUUUGGUGACUCUUGCAGUUUCAAUACUAUAUAUCCCCAUCAUGAAGGAAUAAAAUGUCAGUUGUACUGUG